AUUGACAGCGGGAAAAGUGUCGGUACAUACUUGUCGGAGUAAAACGUGUAGAACCGAUCAAUUUUCCGCGAAAUCAGUAUUACCCGUUAUUUAAUAUAAUAUGGAUAAUGAUAGCAUGAAUUUUCAUAAUAUCGUAGACAGUACCGAACAUGAUUAUAAGUUAAAGAAAUCGAAAGAAUCAAUGUUGUUAUUGAAACAGAAAAUAAUCAAGACAGAUGUCUUAAUUAAGCAGUAUACUCAAAAUAUGAAAGAAGUUGAAAAUUUAAAAUCAAGUUUGGAAGUCGCGAAGAAAGAGGCCAUACACAUGAUAUCCGAUUAUUCAUCCGCCAAGGAUGAGAUAAGGGAGUUAAAAUGUAAAAUUGUAGAAUAUGAGCAAAGUAAUGAAAAAUUAAUAAACAAGAUAAGUGACUAUGACAUAAAUAUAGCUGCAGAUAAACAGAGUAUACAACAAUUAACAUGUAAAAUAAAGGAACUGGAAGAAGAACAAUCGGCUAAAAUUAUGGAAUAUGACUUAGAAAAGUCAUCCUUCGAAGACAAAAUUAAAGAAUUGGAACACGAAUUAAAAACGUUAAAAAAGAACAAUAUGCAAACUGUGACAAAAAAAGGUGGUAAAAAAAAGGAGAAAAAGAUAAUUUCUACAGAUGUUGAUACGGCUAAGCCAAGUAUAAGUAUAAAAUCUACUUCAGAUAUUGGUAUUAAUGUAUCACUAUGUAAUAUUGAAUCAAGCGUAAAAUGCGAAGUACGAGAUCAAAAUAUUAUGACUGACGAAUUUUAUCACAUGAAAAAUGACCCACAUCCAUUGUUUUGUGCAAAAUGUGAAGCUCAUUUGUCCCCAGAGUUGACUCCUGAAAAAAUAUUCAAAACCAUGGUCGCAUGUCCAAAAUUAAUUGAGAAAGAUUUGCCUCCUUCACCGAAAAAGAUUUAUUCGCCGCCGUGUUCAUUAUCUAGUACCUACCCUGGUUUUACAAAUAGAAAUGAAGACUCUCUCUCUAAAAUAUCACCUAUACCUCAUUUACGUCCUUACAGCCCAUGUAGUGAUUCAAUAGCAGGCAAUAUAAAAUCGGGAAGAUCAUCCACAAUGACACAAAUCUGCGAAAAUGUUGAAUUAAGAAAUACGGAUAUUUCACAUAGACCAUUUGUAGCCAAUAUACCCAGUAAUUUCAAUGCAAUUCCUACCUUGUCUCAAAAUAGGAACUGUGCAAGGGAGCAUUUCUGCUCUGAUGAUUUACUAAUCAAACACUCUAUAUCUCUUAAAAAAAUGAAAAGAAAAAUUCGAUCAUUAAAAAGUAAAAUGAAAAAGUUUCGAAGACUAAAGGAAAAAAUAGAUACUAAUUCUCGUUGUCGUUGCGUUAUGAAUCAUAAGGAUGAUAUCUCGCUAAAUUCGAAUCUAAUUUCUUCAAUCUGUAAAGGUGUGGCAGAAUAUUUCAAUGAGAAAAAAGAAACAUGUUCUAAAAAUGAGCUAGAUAUCGAUUCGGAAAUGUGUAUUUGUUGCUCAAAAAGGACAGAGCUGAAAAAGAGACAGUCGUGUAAUGCAUAUGAAAGCAUGUUUUCGAAAAUUGAAAAUUUCGAUGAAAAUGAACGAGUACGAGAUACAUGUUGUGAUAAAACCGAGAAUGCUACGAAGAUUACUGAUAUUUUACAAUUUAAUCAUACAUCUAAGAAUAUAUUAUCGAGUGUACAUAAGAAUAAUUCAUACUCCAAUAUAAAUAUAUCCAGCACAUCUCUUAAUGACAUUGAAAUCGACAAAGAGUUUCUUCCUAAACAAAAUACAUUGCAUUCAUUAGAAGUAGCAUCUGUUGAAGAUAAUUUAACGACGUCACGGUUAAGCGUUGACAAAUUAUACGUAAGCAAUGAUAUCUUAAACAAAGAUAAUGUAGACGCUAACGAUGUAGAUAAUCAAACUGAAACUGGAUGUCGUUAUCAAACGGAAACGAUGUCCUUAUCUAACGAUAAAAAAUCUUCGGAUCAUGCUGAUGGAAAAACUGUCGACAUUAAUACAGAGGAAAAUAAAAUAAAAACAAAAAAUGAAAUUAUACAUAAAGAUAAGUCUAGCGAAAUAUGUGCAAAUGAUAAUAUCUCAAGUAAAGAUAAUAUAAACGAUAUCGAUAUGGAUAACCAGAAAAUCGGAAUGAUAUCCUUAUUUAAAGAUGAAGAUUUUUCUGAUUAUACUAAUGAUAAAACUGUCGACAUUAAUGUAGAGGAAAAUAAAAUAGAAAGAAAGAACCAAAGUGUACAUAAAAAUCAGGUUGACGAAAUAUACAUAAGCGAUGAUCUCUUAAGUAAUAAUACUAUUAAAGCUAUUAAUAUCCAGACAGAAACUAGAAAUAUAUCUAACACUGAAAAUUUUGAUAAUAGUAAAAUUGUUGAUAUUAAUACAGAAAGUGAAAUGAAAAGAAAGAGUCAAAGUACGCAUAACGAUAAGAUUAGCGAAAUAUAUGCAAGCAAUGAUCUUUUCGGUAAAAAUAAUGUAAAAGCUAUUGAUAUGAAUAAUCGGAUAGAAGCUAAAACAAUAUUCUUAUCUGAUGAUACAAAUUCCAUUCAUCAUGCUUAUAGAAAAAUUAUCGACGUGAAUGCAGAAGAAAAUAAAAUAAAAACAAAGGACCAAAAUAUAAAUGAAGAUAAGAUUAACGAAAUACAUGCAAGUGAUAAUCUUUUGAGCAAAAGUAAUGUAGAAACUACUGAUACGGAUAACCAGACAGAAACUAGAACAAUAUUAUUAUCUAACAAUAAAAAUUCUACUGUUGGCAAAAUUGUUGAUAUUAAUGCAGAUAAAAUUGAAAUAAAAGGAAAGGGCCAAAAUAUAUACAAAGAUGAGAUUGAUAAAAUAAACACAAGCGGUAAAAUCUUAAGCCAAGAUAAUAUAGAAGCUGUUGAUAUGGAUAGCCAGACAAAAACUAGAAUGGCAUCCUUAUUUAACAAUGAAAAUUCCACUGAUCUUGCUCAUAGUAAAAGUGUUAUUAAUGUAGAAAAACGUAAUAUAAUAAGAAAAGGUCAAAAUAUACAGAAAGCUAAAAUUGGCGAUCGUUUAUUAAAGAAUCUUCGAAAUUUAAAAAGAAAGAAGCAACCAAUUUCGUGCAUAAAUAAACAAGAGAAUAUUGAACUAUAUUCAGAUCAUAAUAUUGAAAAUCUUGAAUUAGCAAAAAAAUCGCGAAUUGAAAAUGAAGAAGAGAUUAACGACAGUUCGUUAAAUCAUAUUAAAAAUUUGAAAAGAAAUGUAGAUACACCAGCAGAGUCUAUAAAUAAACAAACAGACGAUAAAUUAUGCUCUAAUCAUUAUGAACCGAAAAAAAUACGAAUCGCACAUACUCCAAAAACGCCAGUUCAUCAAUUGAGCAUCAAUAGAAAUAAUUCUACACAUUGUACGAUAAGAAAUAUAGCUAUUUUAACUACUUCAGCGAUUCGACAAAAAAAUAAUGUAAAUCAACAAUUAAAUACUCACAAAGAUAAUUCAUUAAUUGAAAGCAAGAAGAAUCCUAUAACGAAUAAGAAACGUGAUGAGGAAAACGUUGUCAAGUCUAUCGAAAUAAGUAGUAUUGACGAAAGACCUGUAAACGAAAAAGAUUUAAAUUUGACGAAUGCUGAAAAUUCUCUUCAAAAUAACGAUAUCACUCCAUCUGCUAUUAAUAUUGAAUAUGUUUCUGAGCUUGCGAAAUGUGAUGACGUCAUUGAAGAUACAAUCAACAGAAAUAUCUCAAUGGAUAGAGUAAUAGGAGAGACUUUGAACAAUAGUAACGAGUUGAAUGUAGUACAUAAUAAUAUUGUAAACGAUACAGCGAAUAAUUUAGAACUUGAAAAAUCAAUUUUAUUAAGAACACGUGUUAUUACCCGCUCUGUAUAUAAAGACUUAAAACAUGACAAAGUUAAUGAAGCAUUGGAUACGAUUAAAACUGAAAAAGAGAUGUCAACCGCUGAAUUGGAACAUACUUCUGAGACAUUUGGAAAUAAGAGUCACAACGAUCACAAUAUACCAAAGGAUGUGAUUUUAAAUGAUGAAUCAUCGGUUCUAUCUGAUCGAUCAAACGUGGAAGUAACGCGAAGUGAAGAUCACAAUAAUAGCGAAAUAUCUGGCGGAACUAUUGCAGUUCCACGUUCACCGUCACCGAGAGAUAUCAAUGAAAUGAAAAAUGCAAGAAAUAUACAAGAAGAAACUUGUGUUAAUAAUAAAGCAAUUAAGAUACAGGCCAUCGAAACUCAAAAUAAAAAAAUGAAUCAACGAAAUAAAAAAAUGGAACUUAUCUUUGUCCCUCAUAAUUUCGAGGAAUCUCAGACGCCAAUGUCACGAUUAUAUAAAUAUAUUAACAAAAAGAAAUGUACCAAAAAACAUAAAUCACGUAAAGAAAUAGAAUACGCUUGUAAAAUAACAGACAAAUUUGUAAAGAAGCAACUACAACGACUUAUGAACAGUGAUUGGAAAGAUUCUAUAUAUGAUUCUAUACAUGACGACAUAAAAGUAAAAUUGGAAAAUAUUUGCGGACCUCGUAUCAUAGCCAAAUGCAUAGUAGAGUUUAUAAUAGAAGAAGUUGAUCAUACAGAAGCUUUAGAUAAAUCAUUUACUCCCCCAGCACCAUUGAUGACGAAAUUUGAACAGAAGAUCAUAACGUUAUUAUUCGAUUUGGAAGCAUCGAAACCAAUGAUGAUUUAUUUCGUACAAGCCGCCAUCGAAUUUCAUAUGUUUAGACUUAAUAGUGAUGUGAAGGACCCAAUUGAUUCGCUGACACGGAUAUAUGUCGUCCUGUCACGUAUUCAGAAGGAUAGAGAAAAAAUACGCAUAAUGUGUUGCAGUGCUCUCUAUUGUAUGAAUCUUAAAUCAAUAGCCGUUUUAAAUACAAUAUUAACGUGCUGGUAUAAAUUCGAUGCAUCACUGACACAAGAAAUAUUAUCAAAAUGCAUAGCUUUUCUUAUCAGCUCACUACAUAUUAAUACUGAUAAGGACCGAAUAUUAAAGAAAUUAAAGCAUUUAAAAUCAUUGGUAUCGAGAUGUCAUAAUUAUACUAACGAAACAGUAAAUGAUAUUGUUAAGGAACUUAUGACUGCUCUUAAAGCUAAACGGAUCGAGGGUUUGGAUACAGCCAUUAUACUUCUUGCAAAACGAGAAAAGGCACAAUGGACAUAUAAAAAUAUUAUUGAAUCUGUUCUACUGCCAAUGAUUAUAAGCAAUCAACAUCCCUGCAUAUAUAGUGCAUUUUCUUUACUCGGAAGGCUUUUGCGCGCAUUCCCAGUAAAAGAUAAUGAUCAAAUUGUGCACGAGAUCUCUGAACAGCUCUGUGUCCUCAUCCAAUCUGGCCAAGGUUCACACGAUCAACAAGAAGGCAUAAUAUCUGCGUUGCUCAGCCUUUCCAGACAUAAAUUCGACGUUAUAUCGUGGCCUGUAAUAAAAUGGACGCCGAGUAAAUCUUUAAGACCAAUUGUCGACACACAAUUGCAGACGUUCUUUCAUUUACGUACUUCAAAUUUUUGGAAAGAAUAUUUACAGAAAAAAAAUAUUAAACUUAUUCAAAGUAAAACGUGAAACGUUGAUGAAAAUAAGUAAGUGUAAUUUGUCAUUCAAUCUUUGUGUAAUCAACAACUCAAUGCUAACAA